AUGAGGGGUGAAUCAUGGAAUUUGAUACAAGAACAAGGAAGAUUUUUAAGUGUAAAAAAAUGGUUGUUACGUAAAAAGCAUCAAAUUGAAUUAGCACGUAAACGUGGUUGGAAAGGAUAUUGGGUGUGUUUGAAGGGUACUACACUUUUAUUUUAUCCAUGUGAUUCACGUGAAGGACGUUCUGUUGAAGCAGCACCAAAACAUCUCAUUAUUGUGGACGGUGCAAUUAUGCAACCAAUACCUGAACAUCCAAAACGAGACUACAUAUUCUGUUUAAGUACAGCCUUUGGUGACGCAUACUUAUUUCAAGCACCUUGUCAGGUUGAAUUGGAAAAUUGGGUGAAUAGUAUACAUAGUGCUUGUGCAGCAGCAUUUGCACGACAUCGUGGAAAAACUGGAACUUUACAUCUAUUACAAGAAGAAAUUUUCCGACUGGAGAAAGCUAUUGAAUCUGAUCAUAAGUUGAAGCAUAUGGCUGAUUUACAACAAAGUGUAGUUUCUGAUCCUGACACAAAACAACAGUUAACAAGUCAAAUUAUUCAAUGGGAAGAAAAUUUAGAACGUUUACAUUGUGAACAAUUUAGAUUACGAUGUUAUAUGGCAAGUCUACAAAGCGGCGAACUACCAAAUCCUAAAUCGCUAUUAACGCAUGUUUCGCGAGCUACAAAAAAUACGUUAAAUAAAUUAGGCGUAUUCACUGUAUCAUCAUUCCACGCAUUCAUUUGUGCAAGAAGUCCAUCGUUAUUAAAUAAUUUAUUAGCUGGUCGUGGUGCUACAAAACGAAGACCUCCAAUGCUUUCUAGAUCGAAUAGUGGAUCAAGUAGAAGAUCGCUUCAGAUGUCUCGUGAUGAACCAGAUAAAGCAAAUUCUUCAACAGUGAAAGUUGCAAUGCCUGAUGGUGCAACAACACAAAUAAUAUUACGAGAUUCUAUGAGUGUUGAAGAAUUUUUAGCAAGUGCAUGCGCACGUAAAAAUUUGAAUCCUGCAGAACAUUUUAUUCGUGUGAAAAAACGGCGUGAUAUGGAGGAUCAUAAUUAUUUUGUACCACAUCGAAGUGAUCUUAUUGAAACUUAUUUACAUACACAUGAAGUUGUUGAAGUUUGUGCCAAAAUUUUAUACCAAGUAGAAGUACAAAGAACUACAUUAGAACAAAUGUGGGGCUUUAGUGUAGAAGCCGAAUUAACUGAGAAUGCUGAUAGACAAGAUGAAUUAUGCUGUUAUGUUAGUCGUGUUGAAGAUAAAAGUGUUGCAAUGCAAAACGGUAUUAUUAAAGGUGACGAAAUUAUGGUGAUAAAUGGUGCUAUAGUAUCCGAUUUAGAUAUGAUGUACCUCGAAAGUGUAUUACAAGAGGAACUUGCACUUUGUAUGAUGAUGCGGUCUUCACGUACAGAGCCUCCUGAUUUAGGACCAACUGCAGGAACUGGAGUGUUACAUUCUGCAACCGACGAUAUUAUUGAAAGUUUAGUGUGUCCUCCACCUCCCUCAGAUCCGCCUAUAAUCAGUGAUGAAAUGAUUAGUGGCCUUAUUGUUCCUGCACCCGGAUGGAACUUAGAAACAUCUUCAGCAACAACUGGAAAUGUUCAUACGUCUUCCACAUCUGAUGGGACAAAAGUAACAUCGAGAACAAAUUCAUUUGAAAUAGAAAAUUUAUUAAAAACUGCUGAACAAGUUACUGGUUUUUGUCGAUCGCCAGGUGAAACACGUAAAUCGAGUCCAACAGGUUCGGUUGCAAGUAACACAUCUCAAGCUCUCUUAACGCCAAGUCGACAAUUAUCAGAUGCAGAAAAAUUACGAAAAGUUAUUUUAGAGUUAGUUGAAACAGAAAGAGCGUAUGUUAAGCAUUUAAACAGUUUGUUAGAAAAUUAUCUAGAACCAUUAAAGAAAGAAACAUUUUUAUCAAAUGCUGAAAUAAAUGCAUUAUUUGGUAAUAUACAAGAAAUUGUUGCGUUCCAACGACAGUUUUUACAAAAUUUAGAAGAAGCAUUAGAUUUAGAGCCUGAUUUUCAUAAAUUUGAACACUCAAGUCAAUUUAAGAAUGUAUUGUUUUCGGUUGGAAGUGCAUUUUUGUACUACGUUAAUCAUUUCAAGUUAUAUAGCUCAUUUUGUGCGAGUCAUAGUAAAGCACAAAAAGUUUUACAUCCUAAUGAAGGUAAUCAAGCUUUACAAGAAUUUUUAGCGGCUCGGAAUCCACGACAACAACAUUCUUUUACUUUAGAAUCGUAUCUUAUAAAACCAAUACAAAGAAUAUUAAAAUAUCCAUUGUUACUGCAACAAUUAAGAAAUUUAACAGAUCAAUCAACUGACGAACAUCAACAUUUAGUUGAGGCCUUAAAGGGUAUGGAAAAGGUAGCAGAACAUAUAAAUGAAAUGCAACGAAUACAUGAAGAAUAUGGUGCAAUAUUCGAUCAUUUAUAUCGACAACAUCAAAAAUCAUGUAAACAACCAAUUGAUUUAAGUCCUGGUGAAUUAUUAUAUUAUGGUGGUGUUGAAUGGUUGAAUAUAUCAGACUUUUUAGGCAAAAUUAAAAAAGGAUUAGAAUUACAUGCAAUGUGUUUUGUAUUUAAAUCGGCUGUUGUAUUUCUAUGUAAAGAACGACUUCGACAAAAGAAGAAACUUAUGGGUGUAACAAGUAAAUUAAAUUCAAAUGAAGUAGAAAUUAUUAGAUACCAAGUACUAAUUCCUGUAACUGAAGUACAAGUACGAGCAUCGUCAGCUAAAGAUAUGGAUUCACAUUUCCUAUGGGAGUUAAUACACUUACGAAGUCAAGUUAUGAGACGUUCAGAAAAAGUAUACAUUUUAUCAAAUAGCACCGCUGACUUCCGAAACGCAUUCCUUAAAACAAUCCGACAAAUUAUUAGAGAAUCGGUUAGAAAUAUGUCAAUUCCAGCGAAUAAAUUAGGAACAGGAUCCAGUAUUUUACUCCAUUCGCACAAAGAUAACAUGAAUAGUCAAACGUUAGAAAGGCCCAGCUCUAAUAAACCACCAGUAAUAAUGCAAGGGUCGCACACGUUAGGGAAACCAAAGAAAUCAAAGAAUACUCAACGUCUAUCAGCUGGAAAUAUUGAUUAUGAUAACGUUAGUCAAGAGAAUGAAGAUGGUCCUCCAACUACUGGAUUUAGAUCUCGAAGUAAAACAGUAGGAGAUGCGGCAGAUCCACCACCUAAACGACCUACGACAAUUAUGGAUAAUGAAAAAUGUGAUCCAGGCACAAAGUCUGAGGGUGAAGAAGAUUCUCAAGCAGGACCGACGAUAGUUAGUAAAACAAAAGCUCAACUUGGACGUACACCUAAUCAUUUAACACUUAGUACAACAUCGACAUUAUCUGCUGGUAGCACUGGUUCGCAAGCACGAUUAAUACAAUCAUCACAUCAUCCUGAACAUUAUCAUCCUAUGCCUGUUAAGGAUUUAGGGUCACCAGUGUGGAAACCAAGGGACAAUGUGCUGAUACCCGCAGUAGACAAUAUGCAAACGUCAUCUUCGUCGGUACCGACCUCUGCGGCGAUGAUGACUACUUCCACGAGCACCUUUAAACGGCCCGACGACGCCGACGGUAAAGGUGGCUCGCAUACGUUACCUGGUCGCCAUAAGGCCUCCGGUAGUAACUUAACAGGGUCGAGAAAGUCCUUAGUCGAUUGUAGCAAAGCCGAUUAAACUACACAAUAUAAUUGAUUU